AUGAAAUCUCAGAUCAGUUGGUCUACAUGUGAGCAGCCCUUCGUCCCAGUGAAUGGGGAGUUCUCCUGUUCAGAAGAGGAGGACGGGGUCAACUGUACUCUGUACUGUAAAGACGGAUACAGCUUCACACAGCAGGCCGACCACAGCUACUUCUGUGCUAACAACGGAGUGUGGGAGCCGCCACACUUGCCCGACAGACCCGACUGCUCCUUGAACCGUAUUGCCAACCAUGGGUUUAAGCCCUUUGAGAUGCUGUUCAAAGCUUCUCGCUGUGAUGACCUGGACCUGAUCAAGUCCUUCACUGGGGAGUUCAGCACUAAACUAGGAGACAUGCUCCCGACCAUCUGCAGUAAUGAUGAUGUUGCCUGCAAGUUAGAUGUGAUGUCACAGGGCCACUGUCUGGAGUACAACUACGACUAUGAGAAUGGAUUCGCCAUCGGUCCAGGAGGAUGGGCCAGUAACUGGGGACCCCAGAGUGGUCAGGACUAUGCCUACUUCGAUACAGGCUUUGCCACGGACAGCCAGAGAACUCCUAUGCAACAGGACAGUACCGGCAGGACGGGAACCUCCCAUUACCGCGCCAAGAGGCACCGUAAGAUCACCGGCCCCACCAGAGACCAAAAGAUACAGAUCUUCUUCAACAUCACAGCAAGCAUCCCGUUGCCCUCGUCCAGGAACGACUCAGUGGAGGUAGCCAAUCAGAAGCGCCUGUUGCGGACCCUGGAGCAGCUGACCAAUCGACUGAAGCGGACGCUGGCCAAGCAGCCUCUGUCGUCAUAUCACGUGUCUUCGGAGAUGAUUGUGGUGGCUGACCCCAAGUCCUUGGAGAGCAAGAGGGCCUCUCUGUUCUGCCGACCUGGGUCUGUACUGAAGGGGAGGAUGUGUGUCCAGUGUCCGGUGGGAACCUACUACUCCCUAGAGUAUGCAGAGUGUGAGAGCUGCUGGCUGGGGUCCUUCCAGGAACAGGAGGGUCAGAUGGAGUGUAAAACCUGUCCUGAUGGAUCCUCCACAGCCUACCUCCACGCACGCAGCCAGGACCAGUGCAAAGAGCAGUGCAGGCCUGGAAGUUACUCUGUGAACGGGCUGGAGACGUGCGAGUCGUGCCCACUGGGGCACUACCAGCCUGGGUUUGGAUCCAGAGAGUGUCUGGUCUGUCCGGAUGAGACCUCCACCGUCACCAGCGGGGCAAGGGAGAUGUCUGAGUGUGGAGUUCCUUGUUUGGCAGGUCAUUUCUCUCGAACAGGUUUGGUCCCCUGCUAUCCCUGCCCCAGAGACUACUACCAACCCGACCACGGCCGCUCCUACUGCCUCGCCUGCCCUUUCUACGGCACCACCACAGUCACCGGGGCCACUGCCAUACAACACUGCUCCAGUUUUGGCUCUAGUUUCCUGCCCAAGGAGGAGAGUGUGACAUCAGCCCCAGAGGUGGUGGUAUCCCAGGACUACCAGGCUAGCAGCCAGGUGUUCCAUGAGUGUUUCCUGAAUCCGUGUCAGAACAGGGGCACGUGUGAGGAGGUGGGGGCGGGAUACGUGUGCACCUGUCUACCUGGUUUCACAGGGGCUAAGUGUGAGAGUGACAUAGAUGAGUGUGACUCGGCACCCUGUCAGAAUGACGGUCUCUGUAAGGACGGCAUGGGAGACUUCCUCUGUCAGUGUAAACCUGGCUUUGUAGGUUCUCUGUGCGAGGCAGAGGUGAAUGAGUGUAGCUCCUUCCCCUGUCUGAACGAGGGAGUGUGUGUGGACGAGAUCAACCAGUACACCUGCAGCUGUGCUGACGGCUUCACAGGUUCUCGUUGUGAGCUGGAGAUAGAUGAGUGUCUGUCCAGUCCGUGUCUGAACGGGGGUGUGUGUGACGACCUGCUGGGGGGGUACUCCUGCACCUGCCUCCCGGGCUACUCUGGUUACCGUUGUGAGGUCAACGUGGAUGAGUGUAACAGCGCCCCCUGUCUGAAUGGAGGGACAUGUCAAGACGCGGUCAACAACUUCAGGUGUCAGUGUGUGGAGGGCUACCGCGGCAGGCUGUGCCAGGUGGAUGUUGAUGAGUGUCAGGCUAACCUCUGUAUCAACGGGGCCACCUGUAUAGACGGACCGGGCUCCUACACCUGCCGCUGCCCUCCUGGGUUCAACGGAAGCAGGUGUGAGACAGAGAUGUCGACCUCAUUCAACCUGGAUUUUGAGGUGUCAGGUAUCCAUGGUUAUGUAAUGAUGGACGGGGUGAUGCCUGCGCUGACGGAGAUCACGUGUACGUUCUGGAUGAGGUCAUCAGACACCACCAACUACGGCACGCCCAUCUCCUACGCCGUGGAGGAAAGUGACAACGCCUUCCUGCUCAUAGACUACAACGGGUGGGUCCUAUACAUCAAUGGUAAGGAGCGGAUCACAGAUUGCCCGGCGGUUAACACGGGUCAGUGGCACCACAUUGGGGUGUCAUGGCGAAGCUGGGACGGUGACUGGAGGGUCUAUAUCAACGGAAACCCCUCAGAUGGAGGGAAAGGCCUGUCAGUGGGCAGCACCAUCCCAGGUGGAGGGGCAUUGGUGCUGGGCCAGGACCAGGACCAGAGGGGCGAGGGCUUUAACCCGGUGGAGUCCUUCGUGGGGUCCCUCAGCCAGCUCCACAUUUGGGACAGAGUUCUGGACCCACAACAAAUCAAGAUCCUAGCCAGCACCUGCCCAGGGAAAAACAUCAGAGGCAACGUCCUGGCCUGGCCUGACUUCCUCAAUGGGGUGGUGGGGAGAGUGAAGACUAACCCCAACUGCAUCUUCUGCGCUGACUGCCCCCAGCUAGAGAAUGCAGUGCCUCACCUGCGUGCGUCCAGUCCAGCGGUCAGUCCCGGGUCUCAGACGCAGCUGUCCUGUGUUCCUGGCUUCUACCUGGUGGGGGAGCCGCUGCUGCAGUGUCACAACAAGGGAGAGUGGAGCCACGCCCUGCCCCGCUGUGAACGAGUGAAGUGUGGUUCUCCUUGGCCCCUGGAGCAUGGUCUGUUCCAGGGUGCCGACUACCAUGCAGGCAGCUCUGUGGUGUACCAGUGUAACCCAGGGUUCUACCUGCUGGGGGACGCCAAGGUCCUCUGUACCAACAGUGGGAAGUGGGGAGGCAACCCGCCCGCCUGCCUGGAUGUGGAUGAGUGUGCACUGGGCUCAGACUGUGAUGAACACUCCAGCUGUCAGAACACAGACGGCUCCUACACCUGCACCUGUAUCCACCCCUACAGCGGAGACGGGAAGAACUGCACAGAACCAGUGAAGUGUGAGAACCCGGGGGCUCCAGAGUUCGGCUAUAAGGACGGUAUUAACUUCCUGAUGGGAAGUGAGGUCGUGUUCACCUGCGAGGAAGGCUACGAGCUGAUUGGCUCAUCUCACGUCCAAUGCCUGGAGACAGGAAGCUGGAAUGGUGUUUUCCCGUACUGCAGAGCCCUCUCGUGUGGAAGGCCCUCUGUCCCAGAGAAUGCUGUGAUGAAGGGCACCAACUUCACGUUUGGAAGCAAGGUGACUUUCAGCUGCGUUAAGGGGUUCGUCCCAGGGGACCCCUAUGAGAUCCAGUGUCAGGCCAAUCUGAAGUGGAGCAUUGCGCCCCCUGUCUGUCAGCCAGUCACCUGCGGGGAACCUCCACACGUAGACAAUGCAGAUUUCACCCUCAAAGGGAAAACCUACCUGUCUACAGUGAUCUACAGCUGUGCAGAGGGAUACAGACUGCAGGGCUCUGAGGAGGUGGUGUGUGAGGCAUCAGGAGAGUGGAGCAACCCUGCCCCUCUCUGUGCCAGGGUCCACUGUGGAGACCCCCCCGCCCUCCGGGACUCAGUGACCAUGGGGGACGACCACACCCUGGGCAACAAGGUGCACUACGUCUGCAAAGAAGGCUACACUCUGAUUGGACCAGAGUCCAGAGAGUGCCUGUCGACUGGCCAAUGGAGUCCCACUUCCGCUCAGUGUGUUCCCCGCUCCUGUGGCCCUCCCCCUUCCAUAGACCACGCCCUCGCUGUCGCCGGCCACCAGCUGUUUGGCGACACGGCCAACUACUUCUGCACGGACGGCUACACCGCUGGCAACAACUCCAAGGUGGUCUGCAAUGCCCAGGGAUUGUGGGCGCCCUCCGAAGGCCAGGAGGCCCCUCGUUGCAUCGCCACCUUCUGCCAGCGCCCGCCUGACCUGCCCCAUGCCGUCUUGGACUCGGUCAACAAACCCAAGUACGCCAGCAACACAGAGCUCAACUACAAAUGCGAAGAGGGCUUCAUCCUCAACACAACCGCCAAAUUGAAAUGCAUGAUGGGAGGGGAGUGGACGCCCUCGCCAUACGAAGUGGGUUGCGUGCCGGUGAGGUGCUCCAAACCGGGGGGCAUCGAGAGGGGGUAUGCGAGUGGGACCAACUAUAGUUUUGGAGCGAUGGUGGCGUAUAGCUGUGAUAAGGGUUUCCUGAUCCAAGGGGAGAAGAGGAGGACAUGUGAGGCCAAUGGAAAGUGGGGUGGGGUCCUGCCUGUCUGCCAACCUGUCUCCUGCCCGUCCCCCCCGUCACUCGAGAAUGGAUUCAUCCAGAACAAAGGUCAUUUCAUCUUCAACAGCAAGGUGACAUAUGCGUGCGACGACGGCUACCGACUGACCGGCCAUCAGGAGAGAGUGUGCCAGGCCAACCGUCAGUGGUCCAACGGCGACCCACCCGUCUGCCACAUCCUGACCUGCGACCCCCCGCCCAUCAUCCUGCAUGGCCAAUACCGUGGCUCCGUUGGCUCUGUCUUCGAGGUGGGCCACAAGGUUGAGUACGUCUGCGACGAGGGCUACGAGCUAACCGGCGACGCUGUGUGGACGUGUCUGAAGUACGGCAAGUGGGACAAGUCGAGUCAUCCACGCUGCUCGCUGGUCCAGUGCCCAGAACCGCCCCUAGAUGAGAACCACCUGGUUCUACGUAGUUUGGACUCUGGAAUCGUGGAACUAUCCUGCGAGGACGGCUACGUUCUCCAUGGCGCCCGGACCCUCCGCUGCACCCUUGCCCAGGAGUGGAACGACACCUUCCCUGUCUGCAAGCAGGUGUUUUGCGGUCCUCCGCCCGAGGUGGCAUUUGGCGACCCGUCAUCGGCACCGUUGUCUGCUCCCUCCUAUUUCGGCUCGGUGGUGAGCUACUCCUGCAUGGACGGGUUUACUCUGAAGAAGGAGGGGUCUGUGACCUGCCAGGCAGAUGGAUAUUGGAGCAGUCCUGUCCCAGAGUGCAUCCCAGUAGAGUGUCCCCAACCUGUAGAGAUAGCUAACGGCAUAGUGGACGUUCAGGGACUGAUGUACCUCAGCACGGCUCUCUACAGCUGUAAACCUGGGUAUAGCUUGGUUGGUAACGCUACGGUACUCUGUGGUGAAAGUGGGCUCUGGAUUGGAGGUGUAUCUUCCUGUCAACCAUUCGAGUGCUCCGUCCCGAAAGAGAUACCCAAUGGGAAGGUGGCAUAUACCAAACUCCAGUUCAACCACGUGGUCAACUUCUCCUGUCACCGCGGUUACCGUCUACAUGGUCCCGAGACGCUGAAGUGUCUAGCAAACGGGGAGUGGGACCAGGGGACGCCCGUGUGCGUCCAGAUCUACUGCGCUCCACCGAACCCCAUAGACAACGGCUUCGUGGAGGGUCUCGACCACAAGUUCGGCGUCACCAUCUUCUACAGCUGUUUCCCCGGCUACCAAUUGGUCGGCCAGAACCACCUGACCUGUGAGGAGUUCGGUUGGUCCAGUUCUGUCCCAGUCUGCAUCCCCUCUGACUGCGGCCUGCCCCCUCAUAUCGACUUUGGCGAGUAUUCGAGGCUCUUGGAUCCGAAUGCGGAGCUAGCCGGGAGAGACGCUGCUAUAACCUCCAGGCCUAUAGGUGGCGCUACAGUACCAUUAUCACCCAUGGAUAUGAGCUUCCUGCAUGGGACUGUGAUAGUGUACCGCUGCCAUAAGAGUUAUGAGCUUACAACCUCUACUGCCUUAGUGUGCCUGGAGGAGGGGGGGUGGAACGGGACAGCUCCCAUGUGUGUUCCUGCCGAGUGUGAGGAGCCGCCCAGCCCGGACCACGGUUCUGUGAACCUCACAGACACAUCCCUGGGUAGCCUGGUGAAGUACAGCUGUGAGGAGGGCUACGAGUUAGAGGGGGAGUCAGUCAGACAGUGUGUGGCGGGCCGACAGUGGAGCGACGUACCUCCUGUCUGCCGACCUAUAUCCUGCGGCGACCCGGGUGACAUCGAUAACGGCUCGGCCGAGGGAGACUCCUUCCUGUAUCUGGAGGUGUUGCGUUACGAGUGUAGUUCCGGGUUCAUCCUGAAGGGCAGUGACACCAGGACCUGUAAGGCGGAUGGGAAGUGGGACGCUGAGAAGCCUUGUUGUGAGCCUAUCUCCUGUGGCUCUCCCGUCGUUCCUAGUGAUGUCACUGUGACAGGAAAGGAAUAUACGUUUAACAAACAUGUAGCGCUGAGCUGUAAGUCCGGCUUGCUCCUACAAGGCCCCUCUGUUAGUGUCUGUCAGGUCGAUGGUACCUGGAGUCAUGGGUCGCCUGAGUGCCGUCCAGCCCACUGCGGUAGACCAGCAUCCAUCCCCAACGGUCGAGUCCUGGGCUCUGACUUUGGCUACAGCCGUGAGGUGUGGUAUGAGUGUGAUGAGGGGUACAUCCUCAGCGGCGGCGAACCCAAGCGGAUGUGUCGAGGGGACGGACUCUGGGGGGAAGGACCCACCCCUCGCUGUGACAUCAUCGCCUGUGACCCGCCGCAGGACAUCAGCCACGGUUACCUCAACGGCUCCAGCUUCCACUAUGAUGAUGUCGUGGAGUAUGUGUGUUUUGACGGGUACGAGGUCUUUGGUGACCCCGUCCUACGCUGUUCCGCCCAAGGCCAUUGGGUCGGGAUGGUACCGGAGUGCCGCCCCUGCCUCUGCACCCCUCCAGUGUUAAAAUACGGGGUGGUGCUGGGGCGCGACCACGCCUGCGGCGACCGCGUCUUCUUCCUCUGCGAUGAGGGCUAUAAGGUCCUGGGGCCGGCGGCUGCAACUUGUGAGAAGGGCGGGGUGUGGAGCCCGGGUGUUCCUGUGUGUGGCCGGGGGAGGUGCGUGGCUGCCCCGCCUGCAGUACCCCAUGCUGUCCAGCAGGGUGCCAGCGCCACUGUCCCAGACACAGUUACCUACAGGUGCAGGCCGGGUUACCAGAUGAAGGGGUCCUACCCCCAUGUUACCUGUGGUAGGGAGGGCAGGUGGGGCGAGGUGAGGAUCAGCUGUGAGCCCGUCUCCUGUGGAGAGCCAACUGCUAAACCACAUGCUCACGUGGUGGGAGAGAUGUUCACCUUCGGAAGCCAGAUCCAAUAUAGGUGUGAUGAGGGGUAUGAGCUGACCAGCCAAUCUGACACUCUGACCUGUCAGUAUGACGGCACCUGGUCUAAACACAUCAUCAGGUGCCGCCCUGCCCCAUGCCCGCUCCCUGCCAACCUCACCACCCACGUCCUGGUCACGGGGGAGGACCUCACCCCUGUAGGGGGGGCAGUCACCUUCUCCUGCCCACCUGGGUUCCUCCUGCAGGGGCCAGGCCUGGCAGAGUGUCUGCUGGGUGGUAGCUGGUCUCCAGGCCUCUCCUCUGUCUCCUGUGUUCUGGUGGUUUGUGAGAAACCUCCUCCACUUCCCCAUGGUAUCUCUAAGGGGGACAGUUACAGCUACGGAGACAUCGUCUUGUACACCUGCCUGUCUGGGUUUGAGAUGAAGGGAGACUCUGUGCAAACCUGUCAAGGAGAUAGAACAUGGAAUGGGGCUCAGCCUACCUGUGUCGGUGUGUCGUGUGGUCCACCUCCCACAGUGGAGAAUGCAGAGUUACAGGCAUCAGGGGAGACGUACCAGAGCAACGUCAGCUAUCUUUGCAACCCUGGCCUACAUCUAAUUGGUCCACAGAAUCUCACCUGUUUGGCCAAUGGAACAUGGAGUUUGCCUGCACCAACGUGUGAAGUUGGCCAGGGUUGUAACAUCCCCAAGGAGUUGUUGAAUGGCAGGGUGCAGGAGCAGAGCCUGACCACCGGGCGUGCUGUAGCGUUUCAGUGUGAUAAAGGCUACGCCCUACAGGGGGAUGCUCUGGUGGCGUGUAUGGGCCACGGGACAUGGAGCUCCAUCUUCCCCUUCUGUCAACCCAAACCAUGUCCCCCUCCCCCUGGAUGGAAGGAGAGCAGUGGGAGUGUUAACACUUCUAAACGGCUGUUCUACGUGGGUCAGUCAUUGCCGUUCACCUGUCCCAAGGGCCACCAGGCAAAAGGCACCGCCUCCAUCACCUGUAGGAGCGACCAGACAUGGACCUCAGUCAGCACUGCCUGUGAGAGGGUGUCCUGCGGCCCCCCUCUCCACGUGGCCAACGGGGUGGUGCGGGGGGCGGUGUUCCAGUUCGGGGACGUGGCCGUGUACUCGUGUUUCGGAGGGUAUGCCGUGGAGGGCCAUGGCAGGAGUAUGUGUCUGGAAAACAGGACCUGGACCCCUCCUCCCGCCUGCAGAGCGGUGUGUUGGCUGCAGUGCCUGAACGGAGGGGUGUGUCACAGACCCAACACCUGUUCCUGUCCUGAUGGGUGGAUGGGCAGACUGUGUGAGGAACCUAUCUGCAUCCUGCCGUGUCUGAAUGGCGGGCGGUGCGCGGCACCCUACCAGUGCGAGUGUCCCACGGGCUGGACAGGGACGCGCUGUCACAGUGCGGUGUGCUCGUCGUCCUGUCUGAACGGUGGGAGGUGCAUCAGGCCUAACAGGUGUCAUUGCAGUCCAGGGUGGAGCGGGCACGACUGCUCUAGGAAAAGGAAAACAGGAUAUUUUAAUAUUUAAGUCCAUUCAACGUGAAAGAAGAUUUUGCUCUCCAUGAAGGGAAUUUUGUGUAAUUAUUUCAUAAUUGUAAACCAUGAAUUCUGUCCCCCACCCCUCCCAGGGAAACAAAACAGAUACAUUUUGUAAAAUAAAGCUGUAUUUUUUCAUAUAGAAAAUGAACAGUAUUAAAUAUGCUGCUAUACUGGUAUGAUGUGUAAAAACGAUGUGAUUGUCCAAUGUAUAUGUGUAAACUAUUCUCACGUUUUUAUUAAAGCAUAAAAUACA